GUCCAUAUUUCCCCACCACUGCCCCCAGGCUCGUCAGGACAGAAGCUUAUCUCCUCCAAUCAGUGUACUUAAGGACGACUCCCCUGGCUUUCUCGCUUUCCCCUCUGGCGGAGCAUGGAGCCCCACCUCAGGACCUUUGCACUUGCGGUCUCGUUAGCCAAGAAGGCCCUCCACUCCAAGCUUAUCAGGGCCGGAUCCCCGAGUCAGAGGAGGGAGUGUCUCAGCUUAAAUGUUCCUUCCUGCGGCCCCCAAAGCGCUCCUCCGCAGUUUGUCACCUUCAAAGCUAGAGCCUCUGCUGGGGUCUCCGUCCCCUCCCCGUGGCCGCCUCGGGGGGGCCCCCGGAACCCGGGGCCGGGCACGUCCUGUGGCAAGCGCGUUUCUGGCGGGUCCUGUGUGGCCUUGGGUCUCCAGCGCCCGCGAGGGAGCCCGGAACUCCGUGUGCCGGGGAGCCGGUGCCCGCGGAGCCCGCGGCGCGCAGGGCCGGCCCGGGUGCCCCCGGCGGCGAGGCGGGAGCCCGGGCGCCGGGCCGGGGCGUGGGCGGCGCUUCCUGUCGGAAGGGAGGGCUGGAGGGAGGGGAGCCCGCACUCCUCUCCUCCGCCCGGGGUCGGGCCGGCGGCCGAGGCCACCCUCGCCCCCACGGAGCCUUCGGGGAGAGUGUAUGGAUGUGGACCCCCUCUUCAUCAUAACUUAAAAGGUGGACAGCAGCACCCCCAACCUUUUCCAACUCAGUCUUCCUAGCACUCCCCCUCAGAUGGCCCACGGAGGCAGAGCACUAUGAACCUGGCCGCCGCACCUCGCCCCCUGCCAUGAGCGGGCCCACCCUGCAGCCCCCGGCCGCCUCCAGCUCAACCCCAGGCGCGCCGGCGGGGCCGUCGCGGGGCUGGGCGGAGUUCUGCGAGCUGCACGCGGCGGCGGCGGCCCGCGCGCUGGCCCGCCAGUACCGGCUUUGGGCGCUCGGGCACCCGCAGCAGGCGCCGCGCGCCGAGCUGGUGUCUCUGCACUUCGCCGACCUCUUCCAGCGCCACUUCCGCCGCGAGGUGCGCGGGGCCCCGCCGGGCCGCGACUACCGCGCCGCGCCCCGCGCGCCCGGCCUGCCCAAGGCGCGCAGCACCGAGGAGCUGGCCGCGCCCGCGCCGCCCGCCGCCGGCUCCCUGCGCCAGCUGCGCCGCGGCCUGCGCCACCUCUUCCGCCGCCGCUCGGCCGGGGAGCUGCCCGCCGGCCCCGACCCGGACACGGACGCCGGCCCCGCCGACACGGACGCCGGCCCCGUCCGGCCCGGCCCCGCGCGGAAGCGGCUGCCCUGGAGCCUGGGUCGCGAGCCGCCACCCGAGGCCCUCAAGGAGGCGGCGCUGCGCUACAGCCUGGCCGACGAGGCGGCCAUGGAUAGCGGCGCGCGCUGGCAGCGGGGCCGCCUGACACUGCGCCGCGCCCCGGAGCCCGGAGAUCCCCGCGGCCGAGUGCUGGAGCUCUUCGACCCGCCCAAGAGCUCCAAGCCCAAGCUGCAGGCAGCCUGCUCCAGCAUCCGUGAGGUCCGGCGCUGCACCCGCCUAGAGAUGCCCGACAACCUGCACACCUUUGUGCUGAAGGUGAAAGACCGGACGGAUAUCAUCUUUGAGGUGGCAGAUGAACAGCAGCUAAAUUCCUGGAUGGCAGAACUCCGGGAUUGCCCAGGGCUGGACAGCGUGGAUGCCGAGGCUGCUCCUCCCUCAGCGGGGGAACCCGGCUCCCCCAGAUUCCCCCAGGGAAGUGCAGACUCCCUGGACCAAGGCACAUUUCCUGGGACACUGCCCGACCAGGCCUGCCAAAAGACUGACCACUUUCUGUCCUGCUACCCCUGGUUCCACGGCGCCAUCUCCAGGGUGCGGGCAGCACAGCUGGUCCAGCUGCAGGGCCCCGAUGCCCAUGGUGUGUUCCUGGUGCGCCAGAGCGAGUCCCGGCGCGGAGAAUAUGUGCUCACCUUCAACUUUCAGGGCAGAGCCAAGCACCUGCGCCUGUCCCUGACGGAGCGGGGCCAGUGCCGCGUGCAGCACCUGCACUUCCCCUCGGUGGUCGACAUGCUCUACCACUUCCAGCACUCGCCCAUCCCGCUUGAAUGCGGGGCCAGCUGUGACGUCCGGCUCUCCAGCUAUGUGGUGGUCGUCUCCCAGCCACCAGGUGGGACCCCAAAGCCUGCCCUGGCUGGUGGUGGGGAGCAGGGCUGGGAGCUCUGCGCAACAUGGGGGACUCAUGGUGUGCUCCUGUCACCUGUUCAGGCUCCUGUAGCACCGUCCUCUUCCCCUUCUCCCUUCCUCGCUGGGACUCGGAGCUGGACCUUCCCCACCUUGGCUCCAUGGACUGUCCUCGAGGGCUCGGCACAGAGACCCUUGCUGGCCGAGUGUCCCCCCCAGAGCAGAUCUUCCAUCUGGUGCCUUCACCCGAGGAGCUGGCACAGAGCUUGCAGCACCUGGAGCCUGGGGCUGGGGACCAUGCCCAGGACUUGGACUAUGAGAUGGACUCCUCCCGGAGCCACUUGCGGGCCGUGGACAACCAGUACACCCCGCUGUGACCAGGGCACAGGAGCUGCGCGGGUGUGAGUGUGUGAAUGUAACCUUCCUUCUGGAGCACAGAGGCCGCCCGCGUCCACUGCUCUUGGCAGUUGGGGCUCGCUUUCUACUAGGCCUACACAGGGCCUCCUGAGGCCCAUCCAGCACUCGCCUGGCUUUCUUCUGAUUGUUUACAGAUGUUCUUGUCUGCAGAUGCUGCGGUUGGUUCCUCCCCUGGUCCUAGGGACCAUCCUGGAGCUUCACAGGAGGAGGGGUGAGGGCGGGGCUGGUGUGAGAAUCCUCUCCCUUUUCACUGACACCAGGAAGCCCAAAACACUAACAAGCCAGGGUUCUCCCAUGGCUUCCCCUGCGUAGCUUCACUCCUGUGGCAGUUCCAUGUGCCACAUCUGACCGCCCCAACCCUGCUUCUUCUCUCAGCUUUAGGACAGAAGCGCUGUUCGAGGGCCAAUGACUUUAAACAUUUUACCUCAGGUUAGCUUUACAAAAGAUUCAGGUUUCCAAACUCAACCAUAGCUUAAUCCACUGCACUGUUCCCACACGGAUGGGGCCCUUGUGCAGUCAGAGACAGCCCAGCCCACCCUGUGCAACUCGAUCCCGGGGGCAGCCACCAUUGCGCAUGUCUUCUGCUCAUCCUCAGGACAGCUGCCUGCUGCUGCGUCACCUCUGUCCUCCCUGGUGUAGAGAAGUGAGCACAUCACUCUUGCAGGGAGGCAGGAGGGUGGGCAAGGAGCAGGUCUACCUGGUGCCUUAUGAAUAAAUAACUGUACUCUGGAGUAUGGUGGCUUUCUGGAGGGAGAGGAGCACAAAGGAACUUCGGAGGCUCCUGGGCCUCCAGGUGGCUGCUGCCUUAUAAACUUACUCCCGAAAUGGGUUUUAGGUCCCUCUCUGAACCAAAGCAGAAGCCAGUACUCUGUAGAGGACUGCCUGCAGCUCCUACUCCGUCUGU